AUGUCCGCAUCUCCACCGCCGCCGCCGUCGCCGUCGCAGUCGCAGUCGCAAGCCCAGCAGCACGCCACCGCCCACGCCUACGCCAGCAACGGCCUCGAGAUCCUGCAGGCCGCCAGCGACGCCGCCCAGGCCAUCAGCAACCUCAACAGCAUCAACGGCAUCGGCAACCCCCAGGCCCAGGCCCUCCAAGAUGCCGCCGCCGCCGCCGCGGAGGCCGUCGCCGCCCAGCCGGCCCUGGGACACGAUGUUGCCAUGCAGCAGCAGCAACAGCAGCAGCAGCAGCACAAUCAGCAUCACCAGCCGCAGCCACAACAGCCGCCACAACAGCAGCAGCAACAACAGCUGUCGUCGCCCGGCGCCGCGAUGCGCGACCCGACCGUGAACCCGAAACUCACCCGCCUCCGACGCGCCUGCGACAUGUGCAGCAUGCGCAAGGUCAAGUGCGAUGAUACCAACAUCCCCUGCCGACCCUGCCGCGAGCUCGGCGUCGACUGCACCUACGAGCGCGAGACGAAGCGUCGCGGUCCCCCGAACCGCCACGCCGAGGCGGCCAAGGCGGCCAAGCGCGCCCGUCUGGAGCUCUACUCGGGUUCUCCCGUUGCCGCCGCCGCCGCUGGCCCCAGCCCCGGCCCCGGCCCCGGCCCGGGCCCGGUGACCGCCUCACCCUCGCCCCAGACGGCCGCCAAGGCCCUCGUCAACAUCGCCUCCGACGCCCUGCUCGACGCCGAGGCCAUCGCGCCCAUGCCCGUCUUGGAGCUGCUCGUCGACGACUUCUUCACAUACGUCCACCCGCUCGCCCCCUUUCCCCACGAGCCCACCUUUCGUCAGUCAUUUGCCAACCGCGAGGACCGCUCGCGGCCCGAGUUUCUGGGUCUCUUAGCCAGCAUGGUCGCCGCUCUCGUUGCCUCCUUUCCUCGUAGCGCAAGGGAGCAUAUCAAGGCGCAGCACGGCGCUCAGCUGUUUCCCAAGGCGGUCGUCAUGAUUGAAAAGUGUCGCGACGUUGCGCUGCUCACACGCGGUUCCAAGUGGGUGCUCAAGCAGCCCAAGACGCUCGAUGAUGCCGCCACCAGCUACUUCCUGGGCCUCGCCUCGGGCUACGUCCACCAGUGGAACGCGUCGCGACAAUUCAUGGCCGAGACGCUCACCCUCGUCCGCGAGCUGGGCUUCACCCGGCCCAAGCACCCCGGCGACGUGCCUACCUUUGGCAAUGAUCUCUACUCCCCCGAUCCGCUGCCCUUCAACCACGUCAAGGACCAGAUCGGGAAGCGCAUCUUUUGGUGCCUGCUGCUCGGCGUGCGGUCUCUUUCGCAGCUCGGCGCCUCGCAUCCCGAUCUCGUCAUCGCCCCGUCCACCCCGAGUCUGCCAUACCCUGCCUAUCCCGAAAACGUCGACGACAUCUGCGUCCUCGCCAACGAAAUCAUCCACCAGGCUGAGGGCAGCGUCACCCUCCUGACUGGCUUCCGCUUCGCCAUCGACAUCUACACCACCAUGAACGGCAUCGUCAGCCUCGAGCUCGCCUACGGCAUGAGCACCCUCCCCUGGCCUGACCAGCGCCUCCUCCUGCGGGACGGCCUCCUCGCCGCCAAGAGCAUCGUCGACAACCUGCCGCCCGAGCUGCAGCUCGGCAAUCACGCCGCCGCCGCCGUCGACGACGCCAGCUCGCUCGCCAGCCUCGAUGAAGCCGGCAUGCAGUACGUGCCGCCUCUGUGGCCCGAGGCCCAGCCCGCGCACGACCUCCGCAACGUCAUCAAGGCGCAGCCCCUCCGCCGCCGGCAGCUCCAGUACGAGAUCCAAAAGGCCAACAUCUUUGUCUCGCAGCUCGCCACCCGUUUCUACUUUGUCGACAUGUACUACAACCUCCGCGACGUCUACCUCCAGGAGCAGCAGCAGGAGCCCCAAGCGCAGCAGGACGAGAAUCAAGAACCACCGCAGCAGCAGCAACAAGACGAGGACGGCAACACGAUUGAGCCUACGUCUUCAAACGCAGCCGCUGCCGCCGCCCCAUCCGGCCCGUCGGACGAGGAAAAGGCCCUCCGCGACGCCGACGACAAGGAGAUCCUCGACCUCAUGGCGCAGGAGCGCGAGCUCAUCGUCCAGAACCUCCUCACGGUGCUUGGCUCCGUCUCGCAGCGCAGCCUCGAGCCCAACGGUGGCGCCCUCAUCAAUAAGAUUCGGCAGGUCGCGUCCACGCUGCUCGCCGACGCGCCCGACCGCAAGGGCUCCUUUGCCGCCAAAGCCGAGGAGGCGCUCUCGCAACUCAUCGACGUGCUCGUCAAGCUCGAGAGGACGGGCCCCGCGGGGGAGUCUCGGGCGGCCGACCCGAGCAACAUGACGGUUGAGGAUGAGGACGAGGAGCUGCGCCACUGGGCGGAGUUGCGCGACUACCAGCUGCGCUUUGCCGCCAACGGCGGGUUCGCGGAUGUCCUGUAG